GCAGGAGGAGGGGGACUCUGGACGCCUUUGUGUCCGCAGUCCUCCGGGCUCUGCAGCCGGAGACGCACAGCAGCUCCCCGACCAGGAGGCGGGAGAAGCCGGCUUUGUCCACCGCCACACACCGGGAGGGAGAGUCUGAUGGACCCGGAGGUUCCGGUUCAGCAGAAAGAGGAAGAACCCAAAGUUAAAGCAACGGAGGGAGGAGAGGAGGAGGGAAGGGGCGGUUAAAGGGGCUGGAUCUCCAGACGCACAAUUGUCACUGUCAGACCUGAUCAAUUUGAUCCGGAAUAAAUCUGGACCCGAUGGACGGCACAGAGGGGAGGGAGUCAGACGGACCCGCCGGGGGUCUGCGUCCACACCCCGGCUCCGCAGCUGUAGACAUGUCGCAGGAGAUCAACGUGGAAAACUGCUACGACAUCCUGACAAAAGCCAAGAGGGAAGGCGCGGCGGAACUCCGGGACCGGAUCUACCGCUUCAUGAGCGACCACUACCUGCAGGUUCUGCGGAACCCUGCCGUGUUCGGUCGGCUCACGGCGGUGGAGCGGGAACACAUCCUAGCCCGGAGGAUGGAGGGCAGGAGGGUCCUGGCGGUGGCGGAGACCACCGAGGUCUACGAGCGCGCAGGGAGCCGGGAGAGCAGCCGACCGCAGAGUCCGCUCCUGGCACCGGAGGACCCGAACCAGAGGCGGGUGUUCUACCUGCGGCCGGACUCCCAGCGGUGGCAGGUCCUGACCACCCUCCCGGACGAGGUCCCGGCGAAGGGCUCGGGCAUGUGCACCCUGUACAACUACCUGUUUGUGGCCGGGGGGAUCCGCGCGCACGGGGACGGUCGGUCCAAGGCGUCGGACCGGGUGUUCUGCUUCAACCCUCUGACCGGCACCUGGAGCCAGGUCCGGCCGCUGAGCCAGCCCCGCAGCCAGCUGCGCCUGGUGUCCAUGGACGGGUGCCUGUACGCCAUCGGGGGGGAGUGUCUGUUCACCGUGGAGCGUUACGACCCGCGUGCGGACAGGUGGACUCCGGUGGCCCCGCUGCCCAAAGGCUCGUUCGCGGUGGCGCACGAAGCCACGUGCUGUGGGGGGGAGUUGUUCGUGUCAGGGGGGUCUCUCUUCUACCGCCUGCUCCGGUACAGCUCCCGGAGGGACGAGUGGGACGAGUGUCCCUUCAACGAGAGCCGUCGCCGCUCCACGGACAUGGUGGCGCACCGGAGCCUCGUGUACCGCUUCGACGUGGACCGGGAGCGCGCGGGGGUCAGUGUGUACAAAUACAACACUGUAGUGAAGGUGUGGCAUGGGGGGACGUCCUUCCCCCUGGAGAACCCGCUGCCGUUCCGCUGCGCUGUGCUCGGGGACCGGAUCUACUGCGUAAACCGGAUCCAGACGCUGCAGUUCGAGGUGCAGGGGGACCAGGAGGGGUUCCUACCGGAGGUCCUGCAGUCCCCCACCGAAGCCCGAGGAGCCCUGGUCCCCUUCGUCCUCAGCCUGAACCAGGACGGGUUUACCCCGGGACAAAUCGCGGUCCAGGACUGACGUACCACAGGCCAAAACCACAUAAGAGCAUGACCCUGCCUCUGGACCUGGUCCAGACUGUGCCUUUUGUUCAGUUCCAUUAUGUUUGCAUUUAUUGGGAGGUUUUAUUUCUGGAUGUUAUGAGUUUGCGCAGCUGCAGAACAUCUGGAGGACUGACUUGGACCUUGUUCUGGUCUGAAUCCCUUGUUCAGUCCAGUGAUGAAUGUUGAUACUGUUCAGCUCCGACUGGAUGUUUCUGAGCUGAGAUCAUGAAAUCAUGAGGAGAAUGUGCCUGGUCAUUGUCUCCACUUUUUCAGUUCAGUCACUUUAGAGAAGAAUUCAGCUCUAAGCUGUGAUCUGAGCAGGAUGUGAUCAGUGUCUGAUCUGGUUUAAUGCAGACUGAGGUGCAGAAGCCCCAAGGUCUGGAUGUUGUGUUGAAGGUCUGGUAAAACCUGAUUCUGAACCAAUAAACUAAAGUGAUCAACUUGCCUGAA